CGCUAAGGAGUACAAAAUAGUUAUGGUUGGCCUCGACAACGCCGGCAAGACCACAAUCCUUUACAAACUCCACUUAGGCGAGGUAGUACAGGCAACCGCGACGGUUGGGAGCAACGUCGAGCUCAUCCGAUUCAAAAACAUCCAAUUAGAGAUCUGGGACUUGGGGGGGCAACAGAACUUGCGACCCUUCUGGGCCACCUACUUCAAAAACACGGACGCGGUGAUCAUGGUGGUCGACUCCACGGACCGAGCCAGAGUGGGCGUCACCAAGUCGGAGCUGUUCAACCUGUUGGAGAGCGAGGAGCUGGCGCAGACACCCAUCCUGGUGUACGCAAACAAGCAGGACCUGCGUGACGCCAUGAGUGUGGAGGAGCUCACCUCGGCGCUGCAGCUGCACAGCAUCCGCAACCACGACUGGCACAUCCAGGCCUGCUGCGCGCUGACGGGCGAGGGGCUGCUGGAGGGCGUCAACUGGGUCUACCAGCGGACUAAGGGCAACGCGGCGUAGCGGCAGGAGGG